AUGCGGAUCGGGCUGCCCUGGGACAAGGACAAGUCGCCACCGCCCGGCGCGUCCUUCUUCGAGCCAGACGCACGGCCCAGGACAGCGCCGUCCCUCGUCUCCAACGCCCUCCGCAAGCUGUCUCAGGACAACUCCCAAGGGCCCUCCGCUCCAGGGGCACCCACCCCCCUCCUCGCACUCAAACUCUCCACAAUAUCCUUCCUCGACUCGGUCGUCCACGACGGCGUGUCCGAUAAUGCGCUCUACGUCAUCGAGACCGAGGAGAACAAUACGCGGAUUAGGCGCUCGGAUAACAAGGGCUUCAUCAACGUCGCCCGCGUCCGCUGGAGGGAGGAGCCAAAUUAUUUCUCGAGGGGAAAGAAGGACCUGUCCGGCAUCAUGCUUGCGUUUGGAAAGGGACAGUGGAAGCCGGCCGACGACUUUCUCGGAUACUCCUACUCGUCCAUCGCAUCGAGCUUUCUCAAGUUUUACUUGCCACAUCACCCGCACAGUUUGCGCUGGAAGAAGGUCGGAAACGUGUGGCACUGCACAACGCAGACAGUCAAGGGCCCCGUCGCAGUGCUCGAGCCGACUUCGAGCCUGUCUGGCCCCGAGCUGCGAAUAUUCCAUCCCGUGUUUGACCCGCAUGCGCCAAAUACGCAGAGGAUGCAUAAUGGAGUUCCUCUGAGCGUGCUUGAUUUCCUGCUCGUGACCUCGAUGCUCCUGCUUACAGAAUCGGACGAGUGGACGAACAUUUCCCGUGCGUCUGCGCCGGAUAUUGCUCCGGAUCCUGGUCCGUCAAACUCUGGCUCGGUAGCGGGCGGCCUUGACUACCUCGACACUUCUGCAAUACCGCCCGUGCCGCCACUACCCACGCCUACACGGGCCAACACCUUCCACGGCCUCCCUGCGCGUAAUCGUUCGACGGCUUCUCUGGCAUCCGGUCCUUCUGGCUCCGGUUCGGGUAUCGUCGAGCGCUGGCGGGCAACCGUAGCGCCCCAGCGCCCACCUACGCCCGACGAUGCAACUCGCUCGGGUAGCCCAGGAACCUCACAAUCGCAUUCGAAGCGUGCGAGUCGUUCGAGCGCUGAAUCAGAAUACAUAACGCCGGCUAGUCCCCUCCAACAUCGCUUUAGCAUGCGCUCCAUGACUUCCGCCUCUGGCUCAGGGCGACCGCACACCUCUUCAGGCAUACGGGAUCUCCCCGUACCUCCUGUGCCUCAAAUACCGCCAGUGCCGCAGAUACCGCCUCUGGCAUACGAGUUUGGCGGGCCUCUAGGCCCACCUUCCAGAGUCACCGCCACCCAGCAGAUGCACGCGCGUUCGCCAUCUCCCGCGACGUCACAACAAUCGGGUUCAGCGCAUGCUACACCGCCACCCCAGGCGCAACAGCCAACUCAACGACAAUUAUCCUCAUCACCUGCGCUUGGCGCUUGGGAGCCACAAGCCUCCCCCAUCUCUCCCGCUUUCGCGGAACGCACCACCUCCUCGCGUUCAUAUGCCCCAUCAUCCUCCGGGAGCUCGACGCCAUAUCCGUCAACGCCAUCGCGCGCCCUGCCGGUACCACCGCUUCCGUUACCGCCGGUGCCCGCAUCACAACCCAUAGAUCGACAAAUAUCCAAAUCGCCAGGGUUCAUAGCAAGCGUGAGACCGCAGCCGCCCGUGCCUCUACCCUCCUCUCCCUCGCCUUCCAACCUCAGCGGCAUGUCGAGUUCGACAAGAGGCGUCGAAACGGAUCUACGAAGAACAACACUGUUCAAGGCGCCGCCAGGGUAUGCCGCCGCACAUACGGAUGUGCCGGUCCCGAGCGUGCCCGAGAUCCCUGUAGCAGCCGUCGAGGGGUUAAACAUAGCCUCUAACCCGGCUACACCGGCACCCGCGGCUUCGCCCAGGCCGGAAACGCUAUACGACGCCCCGCCGCCGGCCUACUCGCAUGAAGAUUUCGAGCGACGGCAGGCCGCGCUGAACUCUUUCGGUCCUGGGCCAUGA